AUGAAUGCAAGAACACAAACUUUUGAAUUGACUGUUGAAGGCAGGCAAGUUGAUGAAGCUGUUGCAAGCAUAUUUCAUACUGUAUUAUUUCAUCGCUCUCUUGGAAAAUUUUGUUAUAAAGAACAUGAUUCAUAUUCAGUUGGUACUGUUGGCUACGAAGAUGUUGACUGUGAUUUUAUAGAUUUUACUUAUGUAAGUUAUGUACACACUAUAUGUAUAUUAAUGACCUUAAAAAAAGAAAUCUCAGGUUUUUCAGAAGCACUUAGGGAAAAUGAUGGCCCUGGUUCUGGGCAAAUAUCAUUAGAAUUUUUUCAAAAAAAGAAAAAUGUGUUUUGGACAACAGAAUGUAUUCCAUGGGAAGUUUGGAAUGUUAGAUUGGAAUUAAUUAAGUUAAAAAGUGAACAUGAACGUCAACUAUGUCGAGAAAAAUUAGGUGAUUUAUUAACAGAUAAAAUUUUAUAUAUAGCUGAAGUUAUGAAUAAGCAUGAAUACGUACCGAAAAUGCCGAAUCAAUCCGAACUGGAUUUAAUUUUUGAUACUACUUAUCCUGAUGUACAGCCUUAUCUUUUUAAACUUUCAUUUGCGACCUCUGGUCCGACCAAUUCUUCAAUGGGUACUACAGUCAAAAAAAUAAUAAGAGAAACAUUAUCACUUUAA